AUGCCUAGUGGUAGGUCACAUAUAAGUUCGCGAAAGCGUGAGACCUCCUUCUCAUAUCAAACACCUCCACAAAUACUUAUACCUCAUGCGAACAUGCCAUCAGUCACAUACAUGAAUCAAUCAGCUCCCUUCUGGGACUUUCUCGCCAGCCUCGAGCAGCAAGGCAACAGCCACCCUUUCUUCUCCCAGCAUCACAAUGGCGACAACGAACCUAGCCAGGAGAAUAAAGAGAGCCAUGAAGAGCCUGCGUUCGGACCGUGGGGUGUAGGUGCCAACUUUUUUGGCGGUCGAGGAAUGCCUCAUCGCGGUCCGCCUGGAAGUACCAACCCCUUCAAGAGUACAGCUGCGCCCGACCUUGAAGCAGACGGCGCGGAUCCAGGCAAGGAAAAGAGAGAAGAAAGUCAUGAUGAGAUGAAGGACAACGGAGAAGGACCAUCAGGAAACUCAGGCUCUGACAACGAAGGAUGUGCUGGAAGUCGAGACCGCCAGGACCGCUACUGCGGUGGCCCUCGUCAUCGCGGUCCUCCUGGACCUGGAAGAUGGAAUGGGCCCUUCGGACAUUGUCGUCCGCAGCAUGGCAGCUUUCGCCGCGCCGGACCUCACCAUGGACCAUAUGACCAGGCAAACCAGGCAAACCAGCAGUGCAGGCCUGGAGGACCUCACAACCCCCAUCACGGCACAGGCGGUCAUGGUCGUCGCGGCGGCUGGGGCCCAUGGGGAGGUGCCGGGCUCUUUGACAAUGCUGGCUUCGACCCAGCGACCCUUGCGACACACUUCUGGAAUCAGUUUACUGACAACAACACCAACACUAACCAGACCAAAGACAACGAGGAUCUCAUCCCCGACGCUGACAUCUUCGACACCGAGUCCGCGUACGUCAUCCAUAUCUCCCUCCCUGGCGCGAAGAAGGAAGACGUGGGCGUGAACUGGGACGCCGAGAAGAGCGAGCUGUCUGUUGCUGGCGUCAUCUACCGUCCAGGCGACGAAGAGUUCCUCAAGACACUUGCAAUGAACGAGAGGAAGGUCGGGCCUUUUGAGAGGAAGCUUCGCUUGGGCACGAGGGCCAGUCCGGCACACAUCGAUGCUGAUGGCAUCACUGCGAAGCUUGAGGAUGGCAUCUUGAGGGUCGAGGUGCCCAAGUUGGAUACUGGCUAUGUUGAGAUCAGGAAGGUUGACAUUGAGUAGGCUGGUACGUACACGCUGGACUAGGUGGAAACUCAAUAGGCGAUGAUUGGGAUGAUGAUGAAAUAGUAUUAUUGUUCAAUCCAGAGG